UGCUUUGCUUCGUUCUUUUAAGGAGACAGAGGCUUCUCAAUUCUCAUCGGGCCAUGGCCGUAGCUUCUUCUCUUUUUUUAACGAUUUAGGUUUUUUUAGUUUUUUGGUGGUUCUGAUUCUCUUGUGUGAGUGUGUCUCUUUGAGUUCCAUUGAUUGGUGAGUUACUUUGCUGCCGCCGGCGAAGAUGGGUGGCAUCAGCUUGGAGGAAAUUAGCAAGGAGAAUGUUGACCUGGAAAAAGUUCCGAUUGAGGAAGUGUUCGGGACAUUGAAAUGUUCGAGGGAGGGUCUAACGUCCGACGAAGGAGCCAGUCGUCUUCAAAUAUUCGGGCCCAACAAGCUAGAAGAGAAAAACGAGAGCAAGAUCCUCAAAUUUUUGGGGUUUAUGUGGAACCCUCUAUCAUGGGUCAUGGAAGCCGCAGCUAUAAUGGCUAUUGCUUUAGCAAACGGUGGUGGCCAACCCCCAGAUUGGCAGGAUUUCGUGGGUAUUGUUGUCCUUCUGGUCAUCAACUCCACAAUUAGUUUCAUUGAGGAAAACAAUGCCGGUAACGCUGCAGCAGCUUUGAUGGCUAACCUUGCCCCCAAAACUAAGCUGCUUAGAGAUGGAAAAUGGAGUGAACAAGAAGCUGCACUUCUGGUUCCUGGAGACAUUGUUAGCGUCAAAUUGGGAGAUAUCAUCCCUGCUGAUGCUCGUCUCCUCGAAGGUGAUCCUUUAAAGGUUGAUCAAUCUGCUUUGACUGGAGAAUCCCUCCCUGUCACAAAGAACCCAUAUGAUGAGGUGUACUCUGGUUCAACUUGCAAACAAGGAGAAAUUGAAGCUGUUGUCAUUGCCACUGGUAUCCAUACCUUCUUUGGUAAGGCAGCCCAUCUGGUUGACAGCACCAACCAAGUUGGUCACUUUCAGAAGGUGUUGACUGCCAUCGGUAACUUCUGUAUAGUCUCCAUCGCCGUCGGUAUAGUCGUCGAGAUCAUUGUCAUGUAUCCAAUUCAGCGUAGGCCAUACAGGAAUGGAAUUAACAACCUCUUGGUUCUCCUCAUUGGUGGUAUCCCCAUUGCUAUGCCCACUGUGUUGUCUGUGACUAUGGCUAUUGGGUCACACAAGCUUUCACAACAGGGUGCCAUUACCAAGAGAAUGACUGCCAUUGAAGAGAUGGCUGGUAUGGAUGUCCUCUGCAGUGACAAAACUGGUACCCUGACCCUCAACAAGUUGACUGUUGACACAAAUCUCAUUGAGGUGUUCACAAAGGGUGUGGAGAAGAAUCAAGUGAUCUUGUACGCAGCUAGGGCAUCAAGGACUGAAAAUCAAGAUGCAAUUGAUGGUGCUAUUGUUAAUACCCUCCCAGACCCAAAGGAGGCUCGAGCAGGCAUUAAGGAGGUGCAUUUCUUCCCAUUCAACCCUGUAGACAAGAGAACUGCUUUGACCUACAUUGACUCCGACGGCAAGUGGCAUCGGGCCAGCAAAGGUGCCCCAGAGCAGAUAUUGGACCUUUGCAACGCCAAGCCGGACAUGAAGAAGAAGGUUCAUUCUGUGAUUGAUAAAUACGCUGAGCGUGGGCUUCGAUCCUUGGCUGUCGCAAGACAGGAAGUGCCAGAGAAAAGCAAGGACAGUCCAGGGAGCCCAUGGCAGUUUGUUGGUUUGUUGGCUCUCUUUGAUCCUCCCAGGCAUGAUAGUGCAGAAACUAUCCGCAAGGCUCUUCACCUUGGUGUGAAUGUUAAGAUGAUUACUGGUGAUCAACUUGCCAUUGGAAAGGAGACUGGGCGGAGGCUUGGAAUGGGAAGUAACAUGUAUCCUUCCUCUUCACUGCUUGGUGACAAGAAGGAUGCAAAUGUUGGCAGCGUUGACGUAGAUGAGUUGAUUGAGAAAGCUGACGGCUUUGCAGGAGUAUUUCCAGAGCACAAAUACGAAAUUGUGAAGAGGUUGCAGGAUAUGAAGCACAUUUGUGGUAUGACUGGAGAUGGUGUUAAUGAUGCCCCUGCUUUGAAGAAGGCUGAUAUUGGUAUCGCUGUUGCUGAUGCAACUGAUGCUGCUAGAAGUGCUUCUGACAUUGUCCUAACUGAACCUGGGUUGAGUGUUAUUAUCAGUGCUGUGCUGACCAGCAGAACAAUUUUCCAAAGGAUGAAGAAUUACACAAUUUAUGCAGUUUCAAUCACAAUCCGUAUUGUGUUGGGUUUCUUGCUUAUUGCUUUGAUCUGGCAGUUUGACUUCUCUCCCUUCAUGGUUUUGAUCAUCGCCAUUCUUAAUGACGGUACGAUCAUGACAAUCUCAAAGGAUCGAGUGACACCAUCUCCAUUGCCUGACAGUUGGAAAUUGAAGGAAAUCUUUGCAACUGGAAUCGUGCUUGGAACGUACUUGGCAUUGAUGACAGUGUUAUUUUUCUGGCUGAUGAGCAGAACAAAUUUCUUUGAGGCGAAAUUCGGUGUUAGAACAAUAAGUAAUUCAAAUAACGAAAUGAUGUCGGCCUUGUACCUACAAGUCAGUAUUAUUAGCCAGGCCCUCAUUUUUGUCACCCGGUCUCGUGGCUGGUCCUACCUUGAACGUCCUGGAAUUCUCUUGGUGGUCGCAUUUUUAAUUGCUCAAUUGGUGGCAACUCUGAUAGCUGUCUACGCCAACUGGGGUUUUGCACUCAUUCAGGGUUGUGGCUGGGGUUGGGCUGGAGUCAUCUGGCUUUACAGUAUCGUCUUCUAUGUGCCACUCGAUGUCUGCAAGUUUGGAAUCCGCUACGUCCUUAGUGGAAAGGCCUGGAAUAACUUGGAUAGCAAGACUGCCUUCACCAACAAGAAGGAUUUUGGCAAAGAGGAAAGAGAAGCACAAUGGGCUGUUGCUCAAAGGACACUUCAUGGGCUCCAAACUCCAGAAUCCACCGACCUCUUUGCUGACAAGAGCAGCUACAGUGAGCUCUCUGAGAUUGCCGAGCAAGCCAAGAAACGAGCCGAGAUUGCAAGGCUUCGUGAACUCCACACACUCAAGGGUCACGUUGAGUCACAGGUGAAGCUGAAGGGAAUCGACAUUGAUACAAUGCAACAGAAUUAUACAGUUUAAGUAAACGAAGAACAAAAGAGAGAAGAAGCAGUUGGGUGGUCUAUUGAAAGGCAUAUCAUAGUGCAAGAGAAGAGAAUGAAGGCCUGACUGCUAUAACCUUCCGUAGAUAGAGAAAAAAAAAAGUGUGAUCCUAUUUCAUUUGAGUCUCUAUUUUCAUUCUUGCUAUUUUUGAGUGCAGAGGGAAGAGUUGUCUUAUUUCUAACUCAUGUUGAGAGAAGAAUUUCUGCUGGUUGGAGAAACAACUACAGAAGGUGUUCGGUUGA